CGAAGGCACAAAGCAUCCACCAACAUGCGACCGGCAAUGCAGAAGGCGCUGCACGCGAUGACCAACGACGGGAAUUGCAAGACCUUCCUACGUUCCUUUGCUUCUGAAUGCCUCUCUGACAAGGAAGAAGACCAUAGCUUGGAGUGGAAAGAAGGGCUGGAGACCAUGUCGACAACACAGUGGCUUGACCUAUGCGAGUACAUCCGGCAACCACAGGAGGAUCUUCACGCAGCUGCGUGCGUGACAUGCUUGAGCUGGAGCCUCCGUGAUUCUCUACCGUCGUCUGUCGUGUCUUCACUCAGUGACGUGAUUGUGCACCUCCACAGCCUCCUACUCCAAUCGCCAUGUGACGCCCAAGACGCUAUUGCACAGUGCUGUGAGGCUCUAUGGAUCAGCCACGCUUCUGGUGCGGAAGCUGUUAUCCCACAGCUCAUUCCAUAUCUCGUCGUGCAAGCACUCGAUGGAGAAUCGGCGACGGCCAUUAAGCGGCUGCGAGACGUACUGGACGCGCUGUCCCUUUUGGACUUUGAAGACACAAGCAGUCGAUUGCUCAAGGAUUUGCUCCUGCGAUGCUUCGUGUCGCCCGCGUUCCUCAAAACGAACGAUGGCGUUGCGAUCCUCAGCGACCUUUUUCACUUGGACGCAUCGUUCAUGGACGAUAUCCACGAAAUUAUUCGGAAUCAAGUUCAUUGUCAAAAGGUUUCCGUUGUCAAGCGCUACGGGCUUGUCUACUUCAAGGCUUGGCACACGGCACAUCUGAGCGAGUUGCCGUCCCUGUUGAAGCUAGAAGAAGACUGCAUCCAGCCGUACUUGUACCAUGCCAUUUACAUCCAAACGCCGGCGCUGUGCACGAAAUUGCAUGCCGUGCUUCACGCAUUUUUCGAUGCCAAACAAGUAUGCGACCCGAUGCUGCACCGACUGGUGGAACCAAUAUUGUGGCGCGGGCUCCGUGCGACAAACGACCAAGUCCGAAAGCAAGCCGCUCUCGUGUUGUUUCAAGGGUUUCCAUAUCAAAAUCCAUCCGCGACAAAGGAAGAAGCGGAUGCACUCAUGCAAAAACAAGUGGAUGUUAUGCUUCAACUAGUCCAGGACACUUCACCCGCGACGCGGGUAGUUGCCGUCCACGGCCUUGCCAAGGUUUUGAGCCUCUACUGGGAGGUCAUUCCGCACGACUCGAUCCAGCAAUUCUUGUUUUGGCUGUUUGAACUUGUCCAAGAUGCCAGUUCGACCCCUGUCCGCGUUGCUGUGUUGCAAGGUCUGCCUCUAGUUUUGGACAAUCAUCUGAGCCAUUCCGUGCUCAAGUCGCUCCUCCCCAAGCUCUCGCCGUAUCUCAACGACAAGCAAGAAACUGUUCGCGCGGCGUUUUGCCGCCUUCUUGUCCGUGUCAAGAGCAUUCGAAACAUGCACUUUUAUGAUAUUGCGUCGGUCGACAAGUGCCUGUUGCGACUCGUCGUGGAUGCGACCCGCCCCGCCGUCGCCAAACCGCUGACGAAUCUGUUUAUGCGGUCGUAUUUCCCUCAAGGCGUAUCAGACGAAGCGCAAAUCGCGCGCACGGUGAGCAUGAUCGAGGAUUAUCCCGUCGCGAGUCGCGUGUUUUACCGCCACGUCGUGCACUUUUCAUCCAUUGGGGUCGUCUGCAAAUUGGCCGCACUGCUGCUCCAAUUUUUGGCGUCCACGUUGGCCGACAUCAACGAAGCCAUGGCCCAUGGCAUUGUGUGGGUCGUGGUUGAACUGCUACAAAGUGUGGCCAAACCACUCUGGCAUAGCAAGCGAUACGCAGACUGCCGACGGUUCUUGCAAGAUCAAGUUCUCCCUGAUGUGCUCCACUCCAUCUUGGACACGUAUUCAACGCAUGGCUCGGUGAUUGCCGGCAUGUGGCACAUCAUUGCGCUCUUGCCAUAUCAAAAAGACGCGUUUGUCCUGCGCGCGCUGGACGUAAUGGCCAAAUUCGAGUGCUCGUCAAACAAGUUGCUACUAGCGGGCAUCCUCCAGUGCAUGGUCCAAUGGGGCGAGCAACUCACAUUGAUUGAGUCUCUCAUGGAUCAGUUGCACCUGAGGCGGAGUGCACGAGCCAAUGUGGCGCUGCUGCUCGUGUGUGUGGAGCAACUGCUCAUGCUAUGCGACCUCAGUGCAGUGGCAGCUGCGCUUGGAGAAAGGAUCGCUCAGAAUUGGCCCCAAUUCCAAGCACAAAUGGAACCGACCAGUGCCAUUCUGUUUGGAAACGUCAUCUGGUCGUUGCAUCAAGUCGUCGUCUCCACCACAGAUAGCACUGCACCUCCACCCAUCGUGCUCUGCGACGUCUACGCUUGGAUGUCGUCGCAAAACAAGCGAAAAGCCGACGACGACGUCGUUGACACCACUGGCAGCGACCAGCGACUCGCCUUGGUGCCCAUUCUGUGCGAAGCGAUGUUUUUCGCCCUUCAGUCGGCCACCGCCGUCGAGUUUAUGCAGCGCGUGAUCGAGUUUGCCGUUGACGAACCCGCGCUCAACGUCCAGCUCUUGUCUAUGCUCGUGGCCACUGAGGUGGACCUGGACGACGAGAUCUUGUGCGCGCUCCUGACUGCGUUGCUCGAAGCGAAUGCAUCCUGUUGCGUAUGGCUGACGCAAUUGCCACACUCCGUCGGACUGUGCCGCUGUCUAUGGCUGCUCCUCAAACAAGACGCGCGAGUUGCUCAUGCAAUUAACGCGACCAAGUGGCCCGACAAUGCACUGCAAAGUGUGCUGAACGUGGGGCUGGCGUCCACGGAAGAGUUGCCUCCACACGUUGUCGAGAUUCUGACCUCGUGUCGUGCACUGGGUUGGGCCGGCAAAAUCGCAUCGCCUCAAGUCCUCGCUCAGCUGCGCGAAGCUCGAGGGAUCACGACUCCAUAACGAAAUGAUCCACAGCAAGUCCAACGCCGAGAACGGAGCAAGUACUUCAUCCAGCCCGCCAUCGCAACCUCCUCGACAACCGAGGCGUUUGUCCAUCGGUUUGCAAGGUCGGCCCACCACCUGCACACACAUGCGCGCCGUGGUCGAACCUACGUCCAACCUGUCGACGAACGUCAUGCAAGGGAACAGUGCAAAGUGUCAUGUAUAUCAGGUUGGGCUAAAUAGGGGCGUCUAGUUGUUCA